GAAGCUUGCUACCAUCAAAGUUACCCAAACUGUGGGAGGCAGUUGUGGAGCCUUUACAGCAGACAACAAAUGGAAAUUCAUUUGAUCCUGAAAAACUUAUUGGUCUGGAUAAUGAAGCCCAAAAUCUGAUAAACUGCUUACAAGUUCUUGAAGUAUUGACACCUGCAAUGCAUGUGGAACUCUUAUCUAAGAUUUUAGAUUUGCUCCCCAAUAUAGUACUGUGCCUUCAGCACCCUUACAGUGCAGUGCGACACUUGGCAGCCAGGUGCCUGGGUGUGCUGUGCACUGUGUCCACUGAAGAUACCAUGAAGAUAGUGGUAAAGGAUAUCUUACCUUUGAUGGGCACUGCUGAUGUUAUCAGGAACCGUCAAGGAGCUAUAGAAGCUAUAUCUUGUGUAAUUGAUCGGCUCGGAAUGGGUGCGGUGCCUUACGUUGUUCUCCUGGUUGUGCCUGUGCUCGGACGGAUGAGUGACCAGUGCGAAGAUGUCCGACUCAUGGCCACAUACUGUUUUGCCACACUUAUUAGGCUUAUGCCUCUUGAGUCUGGUAUUCCUGACCCGCCCCGCAUGUCCAAAGCUAUGGUGGAGCAAAAACAGAAGGAACGAAAAUUUCUGGAGCAACUUUUGGACGGUAAAAAGGUGGAGAAUUACACUAUUCCUGUUCCUAUCAAAGCUGAGCUGAGAAAAUAUCAACAGGAUGGUGUCAACUGGCUGGCCUUUCUCAACCGUUACAAGCUGCAUGGUAUUCUAUGCGAUGACAUGGGACUUGGUAAAACUCUUCAGUCUAUUUGUAUCAUAGCAGGUGAUCACCAUGAAAAAGCUACAGUAUACAAGGAGACGGGUAAUAGUGAUUGCAAACCUUUGCCUUCUCUCGUGAUUUGCCCACCAACACUAACAGGACAUUGGGUGUACGAGGUGGAGAAGUUUGUUAACAAAGAUUUCCUUAAACCAUUGCACUAUACAGGCCCGCCGUCUGAGAGACAGAG